AUGACCUCCUCAGCGCUCCCCUCAAACGGCGAGCUCGUCAAUAUUGGCACGCAUUCUUUGGCGCUUUACACUCAUGGCCCAGCUCCAACCAGCCCAAAUGAUCCCGUCGCGAUAUUUAUAUCAGGCGUCGCUAGCGAUGCUCUAAACUGGCAAGCGGUGGUUCGCCUUCUCGGUACAUCGGUACGAAACUACACCUACGACCGCUCUGGGUUUCGCAAUUCAGACGCCUCGCCGCUCGCCCCCUCGGCGGAAAAUGUGGCUUUGGAGCUCUCUCUUCUCAUUGAAAAGGCCCCCAUUCCGAACCCUUUGAUCCUGGUCGGGCACUCGUGGGCCGGCGUGCUCAUACACGAGUACAUUGCCCUCAAGGGCACAGACCAAAUCGCCGGUCUUGUGCUCGUGGACGCCAACCAUGAGACGUCGCCACUGGUCAUGAACGUAAAUGAUCCGAUUCUCUGGAAUGUCAUCGCCGCAAAUGUGGACCCCUACAUUGGCUGGGGCUUGGAGACAAAUCACAAGUUUACGCAGGCAGAGUGGGAUGCGUUCAAGGUUGUGAAAACAAAGGAUAAACACAAGCUGGCUGUCCAAAAAGAGGAUGAGAACUACAUGCCAAGUUUCGAGAAACUGCGGGAAAAGCAACUGAGUAAGAAGCAGCCGCUUCUCGGAAACAAACCAGUCUACGUGAUUGGGGGUACGCGAAGCAGAGAUUGGAGUGGUUUGUAUAACGCGGGUGUAGCAAUUGAAAACGGAACCGAGGAGGAGAGGAGCUAUGUAAGAGAGCUGAUCAAGACGAUCGAUGCGAAGAAUGAGGGUAUCAUGAAGGAGUUCUUAAAACUCUCCACAAGGAGUGAGCUUGUCUUUGCUACUGAGAGUGGCCACUUUGUGCAAAUCACUCAGCCGGAAAUCGUCGUUGGUGGGAUAGAAUGGGCCAUCGGUAACCUUUCAUAA